AUGCGCUUCCCGUCCAUUCCAACCCUCAUCCGCACCUUCCACGCCUUUACCAACACCACCUUCCGAGCUGCGAAUCCAGCUCGCGGCAUCUACAGCUUACCCCAACGCGCGACUCUCGUGCGAUCUAUGCCCAACAUCCCAUUUCUCGGCGCGCUUUUCGGCACCAAGAUGGCAGACAACACGAACUAUCCGAUCCAGAAGACGGAAGGAGAGUGGCAGGCCCAGCUUUCACCAGAACAAUUCCGCAUCCUCCGCAAAAAGGGCACCGAAGCACCAGGCUCUAGCAAGCUCGACAAGCACUACCCCGACGCCGGCGUGUAUACCUGCGCAGGUUGCAACGCCCCACUCUACAAAGCCAAUCAUAAGUUCGAUUCCGGGUGCGGAUGGCCUGCCUUUUGGGAUGCAUUCCCGGAUGCUGUGGGCCAGCGGGCCGAUCCAGGUCUAGGCAUGAUGAGAACGGAGAUCGUCUGUAACAAUUGUGGAGGACACCUUGGGCACAUCUUCAAGGGGGAGAGGUUCGGGAACCCCAAGGAUGAGAGGCAUUGUGUGAAUGGUGUUUCCAUCAACUUCAGUCCCGAGGACAAGAAAGAGUGA